AUGCAACACAAUCAUCACUACCCUACCGCAUCGUCGCAGAGCACAUGCACAACACGCCUGGUCUUCAGCGGGGGACCACUUGUCUAUGGAGACCGAGCCGAGGAUAAUGCCAAAGAUGAUGAUCUUAUGAAAGGCUACCGAGAGAUAGCUGACAUGAAGGAAUCUGAAUUAAUGACAGAAUGCAAAGCGAUAGCUGACAUGAAAUUUACAUAUGUUGUCUCAUGCCAACAGUAUGGAAUCCAGAAACGUUCUGGUGAUCCUUGUGCACAUGAUAUUUUGAGACUAAUGACAACAUAUCCAUCUUUUCGUGUUGCCUAUAUUGAUGAAGUUGAAGCACCUAGCCAAGAUAGAAACAAGAAGACUGAUAAAGUUUACUACUCAGUUUUGGUGAAGGCUGCUGUUACAAAAUCAGAUGAUCCUGGACAGAGUCUUGACCAGGUCAUCUACAAGAUCAAGCUUCCAGGCAAUGCUAUUCUAGGUGAGGGAAAGCCAGAAAAUCAGAACCAUGCAAUAAUUUUUACUCGUGGCGAAUGUCUCCAAACUAUAGAUAUGAACCAGGAACAUUACAUGGAGGAGGCUCUGAAAAUGAGAAAUUUGUUGGAAGAGUUUCUGGAGAAACAUGAUGGUGUGAGAUAUCCGUCGAUACUUGGAGUAAGGGAGCAUAUAUUUACUGGCAGUGUUUCUUCACUUGCCUGGUUCAUGUCGAAUCAGGAGACGAGUUUUGUGACCAUUGGACAGCGUGUGCUUGCCAAUCCAUUGAG